GGGGUGUGGCGGCGAAAUGGCCCCACAGCUGGGUCCGCACGAACUGUUGCACGUUUUCUCGUUCCUGGAGGCCCGAGACCUGCUUUCCACCGCGCAGGUGAACAAGGUCUGGAAUGAGGUUUCAAGGACUAAGGAACUAUGGAGGCAGCUAUGUCUGAGACGCUGGUCAUCCUGCAAAGCCUCCCAAAUGGUCCCGGGCACACAAACAUGGAAACAGUACUAUUUUUGCCGAUCUGAGCUGGAGUUCCGAAUGGCAUCUGGGCGGCCAGAAGACUUCAUCUGUAAAGCCAUUGCUGGGCACAAAGGAUGGAUAAAUGAGCUGGCUUAUGUCUCUACCAACGAAUGCCGGUUUGAUGGAAGGAAGAAGUCUGUAGUUUGCACUGUGUCCUCAGACGGUACAGUGCGUGCCUGGGAUUUAAAUGAGGGUACACAGAUCUGGUCAAGCCCUCUACAGCCUGAUAUUAUGGAGAAUUUGGUGACCUACCCUCAACUGCAGCUGGUUGUCACCAUAGACAGCAGAGGAUUAAUCAAAGCAUGGAAAGCAGACAAUGGGUGGGAGUGGGCCUCAUUCCGCCUGCCGAAAUCCCCAUCUGCACUGGAGGCCUGUGACCAUCCUGAGGGCCCCUUCCUGCUGGCGGCCUGUCAAGGAGGGAACCUUUACACAUUGACAGUGCCUCAGCUACACCUGGUCUCCAAAGUGCCUGUGUUUCCCAACAACCCUGUGAGUCUCAACUGCUCUCCAGACCAACAGUGGGUAUUUGCAUCUACUGAGAAUUUGCACCUGGGCCCAAAGGUAUUCUAUAUUCCCUCAUUGCUGUACCCAUCGGAAGACAAGCCGCCUGUCUCCACUACCCUCCCCGCCUACCUGAUUUCCAGAGGAUGCUGGGCCCCCGAAGAGGCAGCCAGAUUGAUUGUGGUGCAUGGAAAUGACAAUGGCACGGAGGUGAUUGUCACUACCUUUGAAUUAGGGGCCAAGAAGUCCCGGGAUAGAGUGGACGUUCUAGUACGACAGGUCGCCAGUUUCCUCUUGCCUAUGAUACCUCACCUCAUAAAGGGCCUUGGCUCUGAGGCAAUCCUGCUGGCGUCAGAUUCCAAGCUGGUGCAGUUCACCAUAUAUGGGCUGCAGCUGGCAGCCUUCCAGGACCAUGAGAAGCACAUCACGUCCUUGUGGGUGGACUCAAGCCGAGUUAUCACCUCUUCCUUUGACCUCUCUUUGCGAGUCUACGUGUGGAAUAAAGAAAAUAAAUAUCCCAUCCUCAAGAGCUGCUAUCACUUGCUUGGGGGAUCACACAGAUGGGCCAGUGGAUUUACCCAUGUGGAAAGUGACAGCAUGAGCAUUGUAGGUGUGGAAACCAGAAACGAUGGGACAGGGAUCCUAAGGUCAUACUGCUUCAGAGUACAGCACAGCUGGAAUGAUGGCACUGACUGAAGAUGGCCUCACUCUGGUGAAGAACUUGCACAUGUACAAAGACUAGGUUGAUUAUGUUAUCGAUGCUGAGAAAGGAAUCUGUAAUCCUCAGAUGCCUAUUAUGUGCUGGACACUGCUGUGUGAUUUUAUUUACAUCCUCAUGACAAACCAAUGGAGUGGGUACUACAUAUCAUAUACAUGUAUUGUUUCUGUUUUUCAGACAAGGAAAAUGAAAUGCAGGAAAGUAAUUAAUCUAUUAUUACCCCCAUUUUCGAGCUGCUAAGCAACCUUUCCAAGAUUAUUUGGGGAGUAAGUGGCAAAAAGGAGUGAAAUCUAAUGCUUUAAGUACUAGGAUUAUAACAUAAUU